AUGAGUGGCCCCUCUGAUAAACCGACCUCUUUUCGCGUGUCGCAACGUCAGCCACAGGCGUGCCGAGAGUGCACAAAACGAAAGCGGAAAUGUGAUAAGCAAGAUCCCUGCUCCAGAUGUAAACGACUCAAUUUGAAAUGCUCAAUAGAAGUCGUCCACUUGAGGCGCAAUACGGUGCAGCAUGGACCUGAGAUCGAGUUCUUGAACACUUUAUUGGUAGAUUUGGACUCAUUACCCUCAGAUCAAACAACUCACCUGGUGCAAAAAAUCAAGAAUCGCGUCUUCCGGUUGGAGACUGGUCAAGACCCCGCAGAGCCGGAGGUAUUCACCACUGCCACGGCACAGCGAGCAAGCCCAAAUGAAGAUGUUCCACCCGAGAAACAUCCUCUUGUUACCGCGGAAAGUUCAUCGCAUCACAAUGACUCCUCACUCGUCACGGCAAUCGAGCAUCUUGCCUGGGGCCGUAACUCCGCUGGAUGUUUCCCACACAGGACAUGCAAGUGUCCCUAUCGCAAAGAUGGAAUGCGAUACCUCACUACCGCCAGCCUUCUCCCAGCGGGGGAUUUUGGGCCGGAGGCGAGACCGAUUUUCCCAAGUCCGAGAGAUGCUCAAAAGUUGGUCAAUUUUCACAUAUCCCACCUGGCCUGGCAUCACAAUUGCAUCCACAGCCCAACAUUUCUCGAACAGUGUGAAAGAUUCUGGGAAAAUGGGGAAUUCGACGAUCCAUUAUGGCAAGCUGUGUAUUUCUCUGUUUUGAGCUCAACUGUGAGUUCGAUCCAGGAUAGCGCAAAGGCAAGAGAGCUGGUCGAUGUCGACCUGAACACGGUGCAGUCCGCGCAACAGCUUUUCUCAUCCAUGACCCAAAUCCUUUACCAGUCGAAUUUCCUGGCCAACCUGUCCCUCUACUCCGUUCAAGCGAUUGUCAUUUCCACUGAAGUUGCCCACAAUCUUGGCCUCAGUCAGCUCAAUGCAACCCUUUUCAACGCGGGCGUUCGUAUAGCUGAGUGUUUGGGCAUUCACAAAAUCCAGGAUUGCUCAUCGAAGCCCCCUCGAAGCAAGGAAGAAUGGGAUGACAAAGUGGAGCGAGAAGUAGGCAAACGGGUUUGGUGCCAAAUGGUCAUUCAAGACCAUUUUGCCAUCCCAUUCACAGAUUCCUACAGCAUUUCUCCCAUGCAUUUCUCCACUGGCCGUCCAAUGAAUGCGGAUGACCACGAUAUGAGAGACAUGCCGAUCAGCCACCCUACCGUCAGCACAUACAUUCGCGUGCUGGUAAAUUUGGCAGAACUGAUGCCUGGACUAGUGGAUGGCUUUGGUCCGAUGAAAGCGAGGAGGCCAAUGCGACAACAGUACGAACAUAUCCUCCACAUCGAUCAAAAGAUGAGAACUGUCGUGAAAAACAUCCCAUCUUUUCUACUGCGCCCAGACAAGGCCAAAGAAGAACAGAUCAAAUGGCUUGGCAUUGCCCGGCGGAGUCUCGCGAUCACUGCCGCCGAAAAAAUCAUCAUGAUUCAUCGCCCUUUCCUUUUCCGAUCCUUCCAUGACCAGACAUAUCAAUAUACAAGGCGGACAUGUGUUGCAGCCGCUAUGACCAUCUUGCGAGAGCACGAAAUGAUUGUCAAAGAGGAGGAUAUCUCUAUCUGGACGCAUACUGCCUUCGCAAUCACCGCUGCCGUGAUAAUGUGCUUCGAAGUAAACGCAACGGCCGAGAAUCAGAUUGACAUCGCUCAAGGAUACAGGGAAGCAAUCCAUGCAGCGCGCGCCCGGCUUGCGGCCCGCAAAAACGAUGUUCUUGCGCAACGCGGAGUUGCUCUUAUUGAUGCGAUCUUCACCGUGGAUCCGUUCUCCGGAAGCUCAGGUCACCGCCAUAAGUCUGUCGACUUCGGCCAAAUCCUUGCCAAAUUCUCGAGUUUUACCCGACUCAAUCUGUCGCCUGAUACUCCAGAGACAUCUGCUAGCAGGUUCUCUGAUAUAGAUUCUGAGGAUGUCAUCGGCGCCCAUUUCGACCAGAUGCAGCCUGCUUGGGACACUGCAGAGGACAUCGAUUUCGACGCUUGGUUCAGUGGGACGUUCCACUCCCUGCAAGACCCGCUUUGA